GUUGCUGGGAGAAGGAUCGCCGAAGAUCUCCGUUCAUUUUAAAAACCUUUAGCGGAUGUCGGAAAAGCAGUGCAGUACUUUUAAAGAUUACAAUGUUGGAAAGGAUCGACGGGGUGCUGGUUGUGAGUAUUUUACUCACCAUCGCAAAUGGAUUGGAACAUUCAACAAAGCCAAACAUUAUAAUUAUAAUGAUAGAUGAUAUGGGCAUGAACGAUGUGAGCUUCCAUGGCUCCAACCAGAUCCUAACUCCCAACAUCGAUGCCCUGGCCUACAAUGGCAUUCUACUCAACAAACAUUAUGUUCCGAACUUGUGCACUCCGUCUAGAGCAACCCUGUUAACUGGAAAAUAUCCUAUACACACAGGGAUGCAGCACUUUGUAAUCAUCACCGAUGAACCCUGGGGUCUUCCGAAGCGAGAGCGUCUCAUGCCAGAACUUUUCAGGGAAGCUGGAUAUUCCACUCAUUUGGUGGGCAAGUGGCAUCUGGGAUUCUGGCGACAGGAUCUAACGCCCACAAUGCGGGGAUUCGAUCACCACUUCGGCUAUUACAACGGGUACAUCGACUACUACGAUCACCAGGUUCGAUUGCUCGAUCGAAACUACUCGGCAGGACUUGAUUUCCGGCGGGAUCUGGAACCCUGUCCCGAAGCCAAUGGAACCUACGCCACGGAAGCCUUUACUUCGGAAGCGAAAAGGAUUAUUGAGCAGCAUGAUAAGAGCAAACCUUUGUUCAUGGUUCUCAGCCAUUUGGCAGUGCACACGGGCAACGAGGACAAUCCCAUGCAGGCUCCUGAGGAGGAGGUGGCCAAAUUUGCACACAUCAGGGAUCCCAAGCGACGAACAUACGCUGGAAUGAUUUCCAGUCUGGACAAAAGUGUGGCUCAGACCAUUGGAGCCUUGAAGGAUAAUGGUAUGCUGAACAACAGCAUUAUUUUGCUAUAUUCUGACAAUGGAGCGCCCACUGUAGGCAUACAUUCCAAUGCCGGCUCCAACUAUCCUUAUCGAGGGCAAAAGGAAUCUCCCUGGGAAGGAGGCAUUCGAUCCGCUGGAGUCCUUUGGAGUCCGCUGCUCAAGGAAAAGGGUUACGUGUCCAAUCAGGCAAUCCACGCCAUAGAUUGGCUGCCCACUCUGGCAGGAGCUGCAGGCGUCUCCUUGCCCCAGGAUCUCCAGUUGGAUGGCAUCAAUCUCUGGCCAUCACUGAGUGCCAACGAGGAACCGAAGCCCAGAACGAUGAUCCAUGUGCUGGAUGAAGUUUUUGGCUACUCGUCGUACAUGAGGGACACUCUGAAGUACGUGAAUGGAAGCAGUUUCGGUGGUAAAUACGAUCAGUGGUUGGGAGAACUGGAACCACACGAAGAGGAUCCCUUGAGUGAGAGCUACGGUCAGCAUAUCCUGGCAUCCGAAGUUCAACGCAUCUUGGGUAACCAAGGCUUGACCGAAGAUCGCAUCCAACAGAUGCGGAGUGAAGCCACCGAGAAGUGUCCCCUUGUUGAGGGGCAGGAUCCUUUGGAACCCCACUUCAUAUGCGAGCCGCUCAAAGCCCACUGCUUUUUCGAUUUGGCAAAAGAUCCCUGCGAGCGGUACAACUUGGCCCAGCUAUAUCCACUCCAACUGCAGGAACUUGCCAACGAGGUGGAGCAGAUCCGGCGAACAGCGAUUCCCAGCGCCCGAGUUCCCAAGUCCGAUAAGCGGGCUGAUCCGGCUUAUCACAACGGAAAUUGGGAGUGGUGGAAUGAUACGGAAUCGGGUUCGAGUUCCGGCACUCGUUACCUGAAUUUAUGGAUUCUAAUGGGAAGUAUUAUAGGCUUAGUAUAUCACAAUUUUAUAUAGUGUAAGUUUUAGUCUAGCUUAAUUUUAAAUUUAACCAAAUUUAAUGAACUAGGAUAUCGCGUUCGUUAUUAUGUAGUAAAAAGUAUGAUCUAAUGUAUUUAAAUAAAUGAACCUUGCAUCUUUUGA